GCUGGACUCCUGAAUGUGAACAGCAUCAAAUGCGUUUCUGUUUGUAAUCUACUCCCCAGCAAGAACGACCUUCCCACUUCGUUAGCUGUUUCGUUUCGUAUCGUGCGACGUAAAACACGGGCUCAUUCAGUCCCAGUUAUUUCCUCGCUCCGCGAUUACCUCGUCAGGCUCCCUGUGUUUCGUGUCAACGUGAAGAAGUUAGUUUAUUUUGCCGGUAACACCCCUUGCCCCCACGUUAUCUCCGCGAAUUUCCUACUUUCUUUAUGUGAUUGUUCCGUUCACCAAAGCCGCAUCGAACUCUCGGUACUCUUAUCUCUCCCUCGAUCCAACCCGCCCGAACAAACCGGUUGGAUUUUUUGUGAUUUUGAAAUCGUGCUGUGAUCUUAGCGAAAUGAUUGUGUUUUGUUGUUGAUAUUUUGUUGAAUUUUGAUACUAACCUAAGUGAUCGGAGCUCGGGUGCUGAUAAGGAUCUAGUUUGAAAGCGCACUGCUUUCGCUCAUCGGUUUUUGUUGUUAGUGAAUUGCUCUCGCGUUCGGGAAUAUGGAUCCACCGCCUUUAUCCGAAUUGGAUCUCAAUUUCGAGCCGCAGACCCGUGCAAGGUCCAACACGUGGCCCUUGCCGCGACCUGAGAACUACGUCGAGGAUCCGCCAUCGAUCAAGUGCGAGGAAGUUGAUAACUACUAUCAGCUCGACAUUAAAAGCCCCAACGUGGUCGGAGGGCCUUCGAUCCCGGGGUUACCUGGUGGUCAGCUCAAGAAAAAUUCGAGCCGGCGAAACGCCUGGGGUAACUUGUCCUACGCCGACCUCAUAACGCAGGCGAUCAGUUCGACCCCCGAAAAAAGACUCACAUUGUCACAGAUUUACGAAUGGAUGGUGCAUAAUAUACCGUAUUUCAACGAUAAAGGAGAUAGCAACAGCUCUGCAGGAUGGAAGAAUUCGAUCCGGCACAACCUGUCGCUGCACGACCGGUUCAUGCGGGUGCAGAACGAGGGGACGGGGAAGUCCUCGUGGUGGAUGAUCAACCCCGGGGCGAAGCCGGGGAAGUCGGCGCGGAGGCGGGCCACCUCCAUGGAGACGUCCAAGUUCGAGAAGCGCCGCGGGCGGGUCAAGAAGAAGGUCGAGGCCCUCCGCAACGGCAUCGGCCCCGGCAUCGAGCCCACCCCCAGCCCCAGCUCCUCCGUCUCCGAAAGCCUCGACUUCUUCUCCUCCUCCUCACCCCUACAAGCUUUCCAGUUGAGUCCUGAUUUCAGGCCGCGGACAUCGUCGAACGCCUCCUCGUGCGGGCGGCUCUCCCCGAUCCCGUGCGAGACGGACUGGACGACGUACCGCAACGCGGAGCAGCUGGCCGGGAUCAUGGAGCAGGCGCGGCUGAGCCAGGAGCAGGAGCCCGGCUACAACAUGAACCAGGGCUACCAACCCGGGCCGCCGGGGACCCAGCACCAGCAGCCGCCACCCCCGUACCACCAGACCCCCCAGUACAGGCUCUUCUCCCAGUCGCAGCCGCAGCAGCAGCCGCAGCCCCAGUCGAUAGCCCAGCAGCCUCAGUCGAUAGCCCAGCAGCCCCAGUCGAUAGCCCAGCCGCAGUCCAUGCCUCAGUCCAUCCCGCAGCCCCAGCCCCAGCCUCAGAUUUGUCCCCUCCACCGUGUUCAGUCCUGCACCUGCAAUUGCAUUUCUACUCAGCAGCAGCAGCAGCAACAGAACGGGUUGGUGUACCCGCAGACGAUCUCGCCAAGCUACACGUGUCACUCGACGCACUCCUCGAGCCCGAGUCCUCCCGGGAGCGGGAUGAGCGGGGGCAGCGGGAUGAGCGGGGAGAUGACGUCGGUCAUGGGCUCCCUCAUGAGUGCCUUAAGCCCCUCGACGAUGGACGAUCUCAACCUCAACUUCGAGACGUUGCAGGGCAGCUUCGACUGCAACGACGUCGAGGAGAUGAUCAACAACUACGAGCUCAACCUCGGCGGCCGGCUCGACUUCAACUUCCCCACGCACGCCCAGUCCCAGCAACCCCCGCCCCCGCUGCCCCUCGUCUCCGACUGGCGGGGCGCCAAGUAGGACCAGCUUCCCCCUCCUGCCAAUAGGGGGCUUUGGACUGUCUGGGAGCACCAGUGAUUACCAAUCUGAUUGACACUUCUCUGAAACUCAGCGUCUUUCUACUUCAAAUUACUUAGUGUCACUCGAUGUAAAUGGAAGACUUUCAUCUCAGCCUUGCAGUACCGCCUAAUCUUUGCUCAAAAUUAUAGUAUUUGAUAAUCUCCAAUUCUCAAUCUACUUUUUACACCAACAAUAAAAGCUGUAGGGAAAAAUUAGGAAUAAAUUUUUUUGUUAACUGUAUUUUCUUACACAUUUUUAUUCACCUUAAUUUAAGAACUUCAGAGCUGACAGUAGAGAUAGGUUGCAAGAUGUUCCUAAUGUGUAAAGGUAAUGGCAAACAUGAUUAGAUAUGUAAAUAAGCAUCGUCUAUAAUUUCGAAAAUGAAUUGUCAUACCAAAUACUGCUAUUUUCACAUUUGAUAAGUAAUGUAACUCCCCUCAAUAGUUUCUUUCUACAGUGUGGAUAGAAACUGCUAGUUAAGAGGGAAUUUGAAACUGUGGAACGUAUUGGUGGUAUAUAUAAUUUGGCAAAUCAAAGUUAGUUUGCCUAUUUUUGAAAAAUUUCAGUCGUAAAUAUGCCUUUUGUUAGUUAAAAUUUGUGAUAAACGUUUCCAUUUUAUUUAUUUAUUUUUUUUGUUUCACAUUAUCAUGUGUCAGUUUUUUUUUUUUUAUCAUUUAUUUCCCAAGUGUAAAUGAUGGAAAAGAAACUAAUUCCCAAGGGCCAGUUCAAGUGUUGUAAAAAUCAGAGGAGGAGGAGGAUGUGAGCAUGAAUUAAUUUGAGAAGAAAUCUAUUUGAAGUAUCUAAUAAGCGAGCUUUUUAACCCAUAGAUCCUUGAAAACCAUUAAUAUGUAUUAAUUUUCGUUCCUCCUCAGUAAUAUGAUUUAUGGAAGAAUAAUAACAAUAGCUGCUGACUUUACGUUUUGCUAUCUUGUCAUAAUCAGGCGUAGAAAUGCCCAUAAAUAUUCAAAAUUAAAAACCAAUGGAUUAAUUUAAAAUUUCUUGAUUUCUCAAAAAUGUAGACCUUUUUCUCUGAUUUUUUCAACUAAAUCAUCGUCUAAAUUCCUUUCUAUUUUUCUGCAAAGCCGAGAUUAACUCAAAAUUACUCCUAUGGGUGCUCGUGUCUUGGUGGCCCUGAAAAGGGGUAAUUGGAGUUAUGCCUUUAGCCUGGAGGGGCGAGAAAAGAAGUUACUGUGGCGGUAGCCCAUCAUCACCCAGCAGUUUAUCUUGGGCUCACCCUUUAUUGGUUAUUGCAUCGAAUCAAAGGUCCAGGAGGUGCUGAUGAUACAGCCCCAUUGGGCAAGCGCGGCAGCCAAUGAGGUCUGAGCGCAAGAUGCACGGCUCCCAUUGAGUGGUGAUCAGCUACGGCUCCACUCUCUUGCCUUCUCCUUCUGCAUAUUUUCGUACGUUUACGGUUUCAGUUUUAUUGAUUAAGGUCAUACAUAGUUUAGGAAUGUCUUGAAGUAAGUAAUGUUGAACACUAAACCGUUUUGAGUGGAAUGCAUGCAUUACUUACUUGUUUCUGUCGUAAGCUAGUUUGCUUUGAGUUCUGAAUUCUUACCUCAGCCCUUAAAACAUGUAUACAAUUUUAAUUUACAACUUCUAAACCUCAAAGAUAAUUCAUCUUCAGACUUUGUGCUCCUAAUUUGCAGUGUAAAAGUUCAAACAGUUCAUCCUAUUCUCUCAUUAAGUUUUGAUUGUAGAUUUGUAUUAUAUUUUUCUUUUCAUUUCCUUAUUUCAUGGGUUUAAGUUGACAUGGUAGUACAUUAAAUUGUCAUGUGAUUAGUCAAUUUUAUUUUCAUUUAAUGCAUUCAUUUUCUCCAUGGAUUUUAUUUACUUUGUGCUUUACCAUCGACGAUGGUAUAAAUUUGAAUUUAAAAAAUUUACAUACCUUGUCGCAUUUUGUGAUGCAAACGAACCAAGUUUCCAUUCAGACAAGUUGACUUUGUUUUAAAGUACCUAUGAGCCGCAUAAAAUGGAAGUUGUCAAUCUUAGUGGAAUGAACUGAAUAGAACAGUCGAUGUGAAUAUUGUGAUGCUAUUGAGGAAUGGAAAAGAGAGGGAAAAGGAAAAAUAUAUUAUUUUUCUUUUCUCAAAGUUUUUAAAAGACAGAUUUUAAUUAAUUUGUAGGUAUAUCUUGCUGCUCAGCAAGUAAAUGCCCAAAGUCAUGUAUUUAGUCAAAUAUAAUAACUAAAUUUUGUUAAUUGCCAACUGAAGGUUCAUAAAUUUGAUUGUUUGUGUCUCAUAAUUUUAAUCAAGAGUGUUACAUUACCAAGAUUCAGGUAGUUUUGUGAUAAAUCUUUAAUUUUGUAUCUUUAUUUUAGAUGUACCAGUGCCAUAUAUUGUAAUUCAUUUUCAGUUAUUACCUGAUGUUUUCUUGAAAUCUCAUUCAAAUUCAGCCAUGAUUUUUUUCAGCCUUUUUGAAGAUAGUUCUAUACUGCGUACAAAUUUUGAUUUUCUAGAUUCAAUAGCAAACACAUGUCUUAUCCAAUAGAAACUCCUUUUCUAAAAAGGAUUUCACAGUCACUGGGCGCACAAUUAAAUAGGUACUGUUGAAUAAAGAUAUUUCUUAGUACCAUUCUAAAAUAUUUUUUUAUCAAUCCGUGGUUGUUUUCAUUUUAUUUUUGCUUCACUAUGUCUCAUUUUCUGUAAAUUGUAAGGCUAAAGUAGGCUAGUGCCUUUUUCUACUGUGUAGGUAGUCAACGUUUCUAGUUAUUCAUUUUUUAUUAGAUAGGUAACCAUAAUUUGUCUAGGUAAUCUGCCAUUCUGAAUUUGCUGACUCCGAAAAAGGGGGAAAAGGUGGUUAGGUAGCACACCUACAUAGUAGCAUUCAUUCAAUAAAUAAUAUUUUUAUGAUGCCUUUUUAAUUGCUCAGAAAACAGACUCUAAUGGUUUGAUGUUUUUUCGUAAGUUGAAAGCGUCUCUUAUCAUUUUUGCAUUCUAUUUGAUAAGCUUUGUGUGCUGUGAUGAUGAAAAGGAGAACAAGGAUGUCAGCUGCCGUCCCUCUUCCCCCAAUUAUUUAUAUGAUAAAUGACCUCUUUUUCCCUCUAUGAAUCUAUUCCCCUAGUAUUGUUCCUGCAGCCUACAACCAGAUUAGCUGACUCAAUGAGCUCUGUCUGAGAUUCUUAUCGGCUUCUCUGCUAAUCAAAGUGGCAUAAAUUUUGCUCUCAUUUAACCAAGAUACUUCUUUACAUGCUUCAGAAUUCUUUCAAAUUUUGAAUGCUUCCACUUCUUGAGUGUACACCAAACAUUUGUGUCUAGAUGGAAAGUAAAUUACAAGAUGUCACGUUAUUCACAGGGUUCGGCAUUGUCUUUUUUUUCGAAGCUUGAGUUAAACUUCAAGGAUGAGUGGGAAUAUGAGGGGGGGGGAGGGGGUAUCAACAGGCUUUUGUUCCCCUUUUCGUCGCCAAAUUUUUAAAUGAACAUAAUUGUCCAAACUCAGAGAAGUUAUCAAGGAUCAUGAUGAAGAUGAUGAAAAUUCACUCCAUAGGUGAUUUUUUUCAAUUCUUGAAAACUUUUCUGACCACGCCUAUGCCUUGUAGCUAAUAUUUAUUUUUCAGUUUUAGGUUUUUUAAUGGUAAUCUAUCGUACUUUUUUUUUUUUUUUUAUUUCUUAUUUUUUUUCUUCAGAUUAGCCAUCAGUCAAAACUGGUAUCUUUUUUGUUCAGAGAGCAAAAGUUUAAGAAUAGAUCAAAAGUGAUUGGUUAAAAACAUAUUUUUGAAGAAAGGGGAUAGAACUUGCAAAUAUUAUGUCAAAACAGUCAAAUUUCUUCAAAGAUUUAAGGUUAGUGUAUAAAAAGUCCAUGAGAACAGUCUUACAAGUGCUGAUAUUACUCUCUCAACAGAAUGCAGAAUUUAUUUCAGUUUUUAUUCCUGGAAUCAUCCAAUUGCUGUAUGUCAUCCUAGCAUUGAAAUAAAGUGUAAGGGAAGUCUAAAAUCGGAUUGAAUAGUUUAGUAUCCAAUUGAUGUAAGUGCCAAAAAUUGACAAAUCUUAAGUCUCCCCUAACCUUGAACUGCAGACUGUGCACGAGGGAUUUUAGCAUUUAUCCAAAAUUUAAAUUGUCAUUUCAUCAAUUAUGUAACGAAAUACGUACAUGACGGGCUGUAGAAAACAGAAUAAUAAGAAUAUAAUAAGGGAAAGGGUAGUAAGCCAUCUGUUUAACUAAUAGGUUCUUCUUACUGGAGGCUAUUUGUAGGUAUCCAUUUGUUAUGGCGUCAUCGCAGCUUAGCAGGUACCAAAUAUCGUGGAGCUAAAAAGACCUCUCUACACUGAGAGUUUUGAGAAAAAUGAAAUGAUUGUGUAGAAUGCCCAUUAGAAUGAAACCAAGAACAAUUUUGAAGAAAAAUGCAGUCAGAGCCAAUGCAAGUUGUAAUUACGCUGAAUUCUAUUAAGACACUGGCUAGAUGCUGUAAACAACUCAACUUCUUUUACCAAAAUCUGCCCAGAUAGUCAAUGAAAGUUGUAAUAUCAUCUAUGUAGGGCUUCAAACUCUUGAAAAUGCUAAUCAGGAAACAAAAGUAUCCAAGCCCAUCAUUCAAAGUUAAAUUUCAAAUCUAACUUAACACUGAUAUAUGACCAAGACAAAUAAGUUUAUUCGAACUUCUAUCGAUGGUUGUGUUCUUAAUUAAAGUCGUGUCUUACAAUCAGCAUGAAAAGGAACAUAAUUAGAAAAUUGAGCUUUUGAAAAAAGAAGGAGACAUUACUUUAGCAAGGAAAAGUGUUGUUAUGAUUUUUAAUUUCUAUUAUUACUUAUUUUAUAGUUUACUUUUGUUUACCUAUGCAUAAUGGUAUACUCUCUUCUCAAUUUUUUAUUUCUUAUUUAUUUAUUUUAAUUUUUUUCCUUUUUUUGUAGUUAUCAUUUUGUGCUCUUGUUACCUGCUAUUUUAGUCUCUUAUGUUGUUAUGUGAAGAUAUCUUUUCCAUUCAUCAAGAGUCUGUUUUACCUUCUUUGUCAAUUUUCCGUCAAUUUAUUUUAUUUUUUUUUAAGUUCAUUCAAAUGUUAGUAUUAUUCCUAAAGUGUAAAUAUAAGUGUAAGAAUAUCUACAUCUACAUGAGUGUAAAUGUGAGCUUGUAAAUAAGAUUUUAAAAUGUAGGGGCUUCAUUUUAGUUGCAUAACAAACAAAAAUGUUGAAUGUUGUAUUUUUCAGUACAAAGAUACAAACCAUUUUAAUUGUUUUAUCUUCAUUUUUCUGUUUUUCUGUAAAAAAAUAAAGUAAAAUAAAAUAAUAAUACGUAAUUAAAGAUCCAGAGUAAUUGCAUAAUUUGAGCUUGUGUAGACGGGCCUCAAUAGGCACCUAUCUCUUCAAGUGUUUCGUUUGUCAGUUUCUAUUAAUGUUUUUAUGGUUUAAAACUGUUGAUUUAAAUAUACUGUUUCAAAUUAUUUCA